CUUAUUGAUAGUAUUUUGAAAGGAAAAGUUGUAAAUGUAAACCAAUGUGCACUAACUAUUUAAAAUAUUGUUAAAUUUCACAUACUUUUUGAAUACUACAAAUGUAUAAAUGGCAUUUUGUUAAACACGAAACCGAGCAAUAUUUCGUCAAUUUAACUAAUCCAUUAUAACCUCUUGAUACGUAAAGAAUUAUGACUUACUAAUUCUUUCGGACUUAGUACAAAACCCCUCGUAUAAAACACUUUCAGUUCAAUUGUCGGAAAUGAAAUGAAAUCAAUUAACUGCAUUAACAUCAAUUAACUGCAAUACAUUGUGAAUUACAAUCCAACAUUCUGCGUCGCAGCCUUCUUUUAUAUAGCUAUUUAUUUAUCCUUUUGUAUUUCAACGACUGGCCGAUUCUGGACAGACGAGCAUUUGAAGAUGUCCCAGGAAAUUUUAGGCACUGAUGUGAGCCCAUUUUAUCAGCAAGUGCAAAAAGAGUUCGGAAAAACCAAAGCUGAAGUAUGCAAAUGUGUGGAAAUGCUUCUGAAAUGGACAGAGGAAGGAGUUCGGCAUCGAGAAGCACCUCCCAUUAAUUAUUGCUUGUUUUGUAUUGUUGCUUGCAACUUCAGCCUGGAAGAAGUCAAAAAAAGAAUUGAUAUGUAUUACUACAUCCCCUUGAUAAUGCCCAAAGUUUAUUCUGUCCAUCCUCUUUCCGUGGAGCUCUUGCAACACAGCAAAGUUACAUAUUGUGUUUUUCUACCUAAAUAUACCCAGAACUGUGAACGCGUAAUUUUCAUGCAAUUGAACCCCAAUUAUCAACCAGAAGAGUUCAAACAUGAAUUUGUUCUGAUUCAGUUUGUACACAUAUUAGAGUUAAUAUUGCAAGAAGCUGAAUGUUACAACUGGCACAUUGUUUUUGAUUGGAUUGGAGCUAGAUCGGAACAUAUUAAAAAGCUGAAUCCCAGGGUUAUUAAGGAUUUUGCACUUUGUUUCGAGGAAGUGUAUGCCAACAGAGUUGCUUCAAUAUGUGGCAUCAAUUUUCCUCCCUUUUUAGAUACCAUGCUCAGAACAAUUUUCCUUCCUUUUUUGUCUGAAAAAUUGAAAAGUAAGGUUAAAAUAUGCAAGAACACAGACAUCCUUUUUGAAAUGUUCGAUAAAUCAAUUAUACCUAAGGAUUUCGGUGGUGAAGAACAAUCACUAGAGGAAUUGCGAAUUCUGAUGAUAAAAAAAUUUGAAGAUGCGAAAGCAAUAUUUGAUAAAAUUCAAGAUAUGGCAAAUUCCAAGGUUGAAAUGCCAGAUUGGUUCAUGGAAUUUUUGGAAUCCUGCAGAGAUUUCCGAAGUUUUACUAUAGAUUAACUGAGCCCAAUACAUCGGCUAAAUCAUCGAUUACAUUUGAUAUACUCAGUUCAUUCAAUGCAUAAGGUUGUCUAUGUCAUAAAUAAGUAUUAUAGGAACACUAUUAGUUUUAUAACAGAUAUUCGAACUAUAUGAGAAAAUUAAGUGUUUUUGUAAUGGAAUAAUAGUAACAAAAAUUGGUUUUGUUA